AGUCUGUCACUGGAAAUGAUCCCCAAUCAGCGGAGGGUCAGCUCUUCGGUGUCCAGGCAGGAAGAAGAGAUGAUGGAUGGCAGGACUGGCUCUGAGCAGGACGGAGACCACGCCACUUCAGGGCAAGGCCAGGGGCUGAAGUCAGAGCCCUGUUUCCAGACCGACUCACUCUUGCCUUCACCCAGUGCAUCCUUGAUAUCACAGCUCCUCAGCCACCCGAUGGUUGGCAGGAGCCUGGAUCCCACCAUCCUUUUCCCUUCCUCUCAGGCAGUGACCCUGCCUCAGGACUAUGAGCAUGGAGCAUCUCCUGGGGAAGGACCGCAAGCCCUGGCUUUCCCCAGGACCCUUGCCCCAGAUCCUGUGCCUUGUGCUGACAACAGGAACCAGCUCUCUGACCAGCACCUACAGCACCAGCUCGCCACCCAGCACCUACGAGCCAAGCGGGCCAGGGUGGAGAGCAUCAUCCAAGGCAUGAGCCUCCCACCAACCCCUCAGGCAUUUGGCACCAGCCUGGAGGCAGCUUUUGGGCAUGAGAGGGAGAGGGGCAGUGAGAUCCCCCGGGAGAGCAAGAGGAAGCCGAGGGUGCCCCAGCAGGGUGCAGGGGCAGCUGGGCAAGUGGCCCCUAUGGGGGGCAGCCCCCAUGCGGAGGGCUGCCAGCAGCUGAAGGAGGAGCUCUGCUUUUUAGAGCAGCAGCUGAGGCGGCUUCAGGAGAAGUUCUCCCAGGUGUGUGACUCUGGGGACACUGCCCAAGCCCAGGAAGGUGCUGAGAAAGUGCAUCCACUGUCUGGAAAGCCUGGAGACAGACUGGAAGAAGACACUGUCACUGCAACCAGCAACCUGUGCAAAGCACCUUUCUGGAGGAGCAUCCUGGAGGUGCAUGGGCUGGAGGAGGAUGAGGACAGAGGCGAUACAGGUGGCCUGCCCUCAGCAGCAAGGGUUCUCUCGCAGGCCCUGAAGCAUGAGCUGGCUGAGAUGAUGUCCCGAGUGGUGGACUCUGUCCUGAAGACUGUCUGGCCGAAGGCAGCCAGCCAGCUCCUGCAGCAGCACUGCAGCCUCCAGGUGCCAGGGCCAGAUGUCAGGAGAGAGUGUUUUGCUGCUGGGAAAUGCAGAAAACCACUUGCUAAUCCAUCUCCCAUGAACACACCAGGCUCGCUGGGCUUACCCCAGGCUGAGGCCCUGGCAGGAGAUUCGGGGAAGAGCCCGAGCUCUCAUCCUGGCUCCUUCAGUUCAAAGGGGCUCAGAAAACCCUCUCAUGUACCCAGCAUGGGUUAUUCACUGGGCUCAGCCGCCCCUCUCCAGGACAGCCAGCUGCUGAGCCAGCUGCUGGGCUAUGGCCAGCAUGGCCUCUGGGACAGCAGCUCUCAUGGGAGCCCCUCUGCUCCAGAGAAGGGUCACCCGGAGUCCCUCAACUUGCACUGGGGAACCAUCAAACUGAGGUCAUCAGUCAUGAGACAGCAACAGCAGCGUCCCCUGCCCCUGAGUCCUGCUGCCAUGGAGAGCCUGGCACUGCUGCCAGCUGGCAGGGAUGGCCGUGGGGAGCUGCAGGCUGUGAUGGAUGGGGCACGAUUUGCCUCCACUCAUAUGCAGGAGGCGCUGACCCCUGGCCACCUGAAGAAGGCCAAGCUAAUGUUUUUCUUCACUCGCUACCCCAGCUCCACUCUGUUGAAAACCUACUUCCUUGAUGUGCAGUUCAGCCGCUGCAUCACCUCCCAGCUCAUCAAGUGGUUCAGCAACUUCCGUGAGUUUUACUACAUCCAGGUGGAGAAGUUUGCCCGGCAGGCCCUGCUGGAGGGAGUCGUGGAUGCUGGCACCCUCCGGGUCUCCCGAGACUCAGAGCUUUUCCAUGCCCUCAACAUGCACUAUAACAAAGGGAAUGACUUCGAGGUGCCAGGGCGGUUCCUGGAGGUGGCCAGUCUGACACUGCGGGAGUUCUUCAGUGCCGUCAAGGCGGGCAAGGACACCGACCCCUCCUGGAAAAAACCCAUUUACAAAAUAAUUUCCAAACUGGACAGUGACAUCCCAGAAGGGUUCAAAGCUUCUGGCUGCUCCCAAGAACUGCUCCGCAGCUAA